CUACGGAAAGUGAAGGGGCCCCGCUGCCCCGCCUGUUCACUUGUUUCUUCCGCCAGACCUUACCAUUCGCUCACCCCUGAGCAGCUAAUGUUAAAGGUGAGGGGCGCGGGGCUGUGAGGGGACCGGCGACAGGAAGAUGCGCUCUUAAGAGACUACCCCGCGGAGGAAGCAGCACUGCGCUCGGCCGCGUCCCUGCAAGGAUGGCUGUUUUUCUUCUAAAGAGAUUAACACUGCAAAUCAUAAAGACUGAAAAUAAUUACAUCAGAAGAUGUUUCAGUAAACACAUGGUGCAAAAGACAGCCCCAGCACUGUCAUCAUCCCUGGCUGCUUCUGCCCCGAGGCUGGCCUCCCUAAUUCCUGCGAAGUGUUUUAGUACCGUUGAAGACACCCAGGAUGACAGGAAAAAGAAAACAAAUGAUAGAACUUUGACUAACACUGGAAGGAAAAUUCAUGCACGAAUUAUUCGAGUCUUUGACGAGAAGGGCAAUGAUUUGGGAAACAUGCACCGGGCAGAUGUGAUCCGACUCAUGGACGAGCGAGACCUGAGGCUGGUGCAGAGGAACAGCAACGCGGAGCCCCCCGAGUACCAGCUCAUGACGGGGAUGCAGAUCCACCAGGAGCGCCUGAGACUACGAGAGCAGGAAAAGGCCAAACCCAAGGCUGGACCAACCGUGAGAAAGGAACUGACUUUCUCCUCAAAUAUUGGACAACAUGACUUGGAGACAAAGAGUAAACAGAUUCAGCAAUGGAUUGAGAAAAAAUACCAGGUUCAAAUUACCAUAAAGAAGGCAAAAUAUGCAGAUAACCCAGAAAAUAAAACAGAGGAAAUAUUUCAUCAGAUACUUCAGACCAUGCCUGGAGUAGCUACCUUCUUGUCCAGACCACAAGCUGUUAAAGGAGGAACGGCUUUAACGUGCAUUCUUCGUCAUCUGAGCAAGAAAGAAGAGAAGGCACACGCGGACUCUCAAGCCCAGAAAACAGACCCUUUGAACAAAGAGAAUGGAAAUGGCAGGGAGUCAGAUGUGGUACACCCAUGAUUUUAAUAAAGAAAAACAGGCUCUGUC